UGUCCCUGAGGGUGGGGAUGCCCACAGGCGUGGAAGUGGAGCCCAGGCACCCGCAGUCUGCAGGGCAGUCCCGGCCUGCAAGGGGGCGCCUUGGUGCCUCUAGGCCCAGCCUAGGUGAAGGCCACCACUUGAAGGCCCACUGGGGCCGUGCUCAGCAGGCUAGGGCCAGCCGUCCUUCUGGGGAGAGGGCGGGGGACGGGGGCCCUCCACCUGUCCCUUCUCUAAUCCUUUCAACGUACAGUUGUCAAGGAGGGGCCACAUGGGCCCAUGUUGUGCGGGAGCUGGGGACGCCCUGUCCUGCCCCAGCCAGCACCUCCUGCUCCUCCAGGGACUGGAGGGGCCUGGUGAGGCAGGCGAGGGGACGGGCCCAGAAGGGAGGAGGGGGCUGCUGGCCUCGCUGCCACUGGAUGCAGUCUCUGUGUCUCUGCCCUCUCAAAGGCAGGCUCUGGGGUGGCCUCCUCAGGAGGAGGAAGGAGGGGCUCUGACACUGGCCCAGUGACAUCAGUUGGUCUCACCUCUGAGCCUCGAGGAAACUCAGUCCCACUUUGUACUUGAGGAAACGGGCUCAGAGAGGUUGAGUAACUUGGGCAAUGUCACACAGCCGAUGAGUGACAAAGCUGUGAUUCGCACUCACGCCCAGGUGAGUCCAGGACCAGCUCUUCCCCAAGUGUGACUUCCCUCUCCCAGAGGUCCCCUCUGGCCAUCUGCCUCCUUCCAAAGCCACGAGGCUGGUGACCUCACACCUCCUCAGAGCCAAGGCCCCACCAGAAGGGCCUGGUGGAGGUGGGGGCUUCCUCCCUCAUCUCAGCCCAGGUCCUCAGCACCGAUUUGGGGUGGGGUGUCAGGAACCCAGAGCCUGUGUGGGGAGGGGCAGAGGGCCUGAGCCGACCGCUCAAGCCUGGGACCAGGCUGAGGGUCUGGUCCUUUGGGAUGGCGAGGCCUCUGGGUCAUCCUAGAGCCAUGUUGGGUCCCCCAGCGUGUCACCCUGGGGCUGUCCUGCCUUCAGCACACUGGCUGGCCUCAUGCAACCACACUGAGGCCGAGGGUUUCGGCAUCCGAGAUGGUGUGUCCCCAGGGUGUGGUGUCAUCUUCGGGGGUGGUGCACGGCCUCAGUAUCUCCUGGGAGGCUGAGCUGUGGGCGCCACGUCCCACCCAGGCCCCGACUCCUUCCCACAGUCUGCGCCUGUCCCAGGGGCUGGGCAGCCAGCCCUGGGGGACCCCUGUGUUCUGGGAAUGCAGGCCCCUUCCCAGCGACCCUUGGCCACAAACACCUGUGGUCAGAGGCCUGGCAGGUGGAGGUGAGCAGGCCAGGCUGGAGGAGAGUGGACAGGGGAGGGGGCGUGCAGGGUCUGCUGCAGCGGGGGUCCCUCCUCGCCCUCCAGAAACCUCGGGCCCCUCACCGGAGCCAGGGCCAGGGCCCCAGGCCUGGCUCCAGGAACCCGGGCAGGAAAGCUUCCCCCGGGGAAGGAUGCCAGUGCCUGCAGCCAAAGGCUUCCCCUUCCAGGACCAGAGCAGGUGUGACUGCCCCCAGCCGGGCCCCUCCCCACCACCACGCCCCACGCCCAGCCUGUUAUAAAUAGGAGGCUGCCUGGCCAGCGCCGGCCGCGGCCCGCUUUGUCACCUGCUAUAACCACCACCAGCACCGCCAGUGUUGCAGCCACCCAGCACGGGAGGUUGGAGGCACCCACACAGGGAGCGCCUGAGGUGGCCCGUGGCCGGGGCAGUUGGGGCAGGCCACCUCUCGGGGUCUCCCCUGCCUGAAGUGGAGGGCCCACAUCCCACAUGAGAGGGCAGGGGCUCCCGUACACACCGUCAUCACGCCACCCCCCUGACAGAGGGCUUGCUGUGUGUGAGAGGUGUGUGUCCGUGCACGUGUGUGUGCGUGCGUGGGCCGCGUGAAGGGGCCAUGCACCCUUGCUCCUGGCACGGCUGAAGCGUUGGGGACCCGCGGUGCCCACACUCGCCCCAGCGCAUCCGCCCUAGUGUCGGGACCCCGCCCCCUGUCUCAGGAAGCCCUGGAGGUGCCUGAGUCUCCAGACCCGCCCUCCUCCUGCCCCGCCAGCUCCAGCGGGGGUGGGAGGCGGCCGGUACAGAGUCCGAAAGAAACUUCUGGAGCCCCUUUUGCCUCGCGAGUAUCACAGGGCUGAUGGUCGUGCCUUCCCUGUGAGGGCUCAGUGUGAUCACGGGCCACACGUGUGGGCAGCGCUGUGACCCGUGUGGGACCCACCAUCAGCACCCCGUGCUGGCACGUGCCCCUGGCCAGGCCACCUCCACAAACCCGAGGCCUGGGCCUCACGCAGCUGGCUGGCGCUCGGGUGUCCAGCCCAGCAAGUGCCAGCUGAAUGCACCAGGCCCUUCCUCUGGCUCAGCCCCCUCCCCAAGCGCCAGCCCAGGCCCCAUUGGCUGGAGGGGCCAGAACCCAGGGGGCUGCACCCCAAGUGUGAGAGGCCUAAUGAUUCAGACCAAGAUGGGGACACUGUGGGAAGUCCGCAGGAGGCCCGGGCGGUAACUCAGUGCGUGUCCCGGACCGGCAGGCCUGACCUGGUCAGGGCUCCUGCGCACUGGGGGACCUGGGUCCUGGGACGCUGGAGCCUCCGGGUGGGAGUGGGGGCCGGGCAGGCCUCGGGUCCCCCUCCUUGCGGCCCUCAGAUCCCCACCACGUCUGGCCCAUCAGCCCGUUGCCUACUUUUCCGGAAGCCCGAGGCCCAUGAUUGGAGCAUCCCUGGGGACUCAGCUCGGUGGACGACACCCCACCCCAGGCCAGCAGCGCCCAACGGUCUACAGGCCUGACCCUUGGCCCAGAUGUGGCCAGACCUGCCGGGCUCCACCGGCCCCAGUCAAAGGGGCCAUUGCUGGCCGCCGAGGGUGGGGAGAGGCCGUUGAGGCCCAGAGUCCCGUCAAUCCCCAGCGCUGGGCUCGAGGCCCACCCUGAGCAGCUCACCUGGCUGCCCCUCCCCAGAGGUCCCGGCCCCACUCGGCAGAGAGCAGCAGAGGCCCACCCAGCCUCGAGCCUGCCUGCAAACAAGGCCAGGCGUGGCCUGGACACCAUGUCCCCUGCUGUCCCUGCCCCACCGCCCAGGCUCGGCUCUGGCCAUGACAAGACACACCCGCGGAGGCCGCCUGGUGCCCCGCCGGUCAUCACAGGGGAGGGCCGCGGCGUCGGUCCCAAGUAUGGACCAGCUUCUGAUGGGGCCUCUCGAGCCUCAGCAGGCCGGGCUGGGCCACUGGCGGCUGAGGGACGCGACGGUCCCGGGAGUUCCCAGGGACAGAGAAUGGAAGUCGAUGGCACGGCCCCGGGUGGGGACACCUGGGUGGGGUCAGACCGGACGGUGGGCUGGGACCCCACUGAGGCUCGCUUCUGGGAUUCAGGCUGGAGCCGUGGCCCAAGCAGCUGGUGGGGGGCCGGGGACCCGGACAUGCCCCCAGCUGCCGCCAUCGCCACCACCGCCACCGCCCGAGGAGGGGCGUGGGGAGAGGCUGGUGGAGCUGCACGCCUCGUUCAGGGAGCUGGUCACCUUCUUCUGCACCAUCCGCCUUGUCUGCUCCAGCCAGAACCGCCUCAAGACCGCGUCCUGGGCGCUGCUGCUCGCGGGGGCCCUGGGCCUGCUCUGCUGGCAGUUUGGACUCCUCUUCGAGCAGUACUGGCGCUACCCGGCCAUCAUGACAGUGUCCAUACACUCGGAGGGAGCACAGCGCAAGCUCUUCCCGUCGGUCACCCUGUGCGACAUGAACCCACCGGUGAGGGCUGCGGCCAGCUUGGGGGCCCCUCCCCAGGCCGCACCCAGCCCGCUGCCCCCUGCGGGCGCUGGACAACUUUGCCCGGGAGAACAUCUACUCCCUGUAUGGGUUCAACUUCAGCGACAGCGUGGACGUCCCGGGGGCCGAGGCCCCGAGCCCACCCUCCAGCUGGACCACGGGAUCCGCCUCCAGAGGCUGAGCCCCCUGUGGGGCCAGAACAGAAUGGGCUGCAAACUGCAGGCCUACUCCUCCGGCGUGGCGGCCGCCCGGGAGUGGUACCACUUCCACUGCGCGAACGCUCUGGCCCUGCCGCCUGCUGCCCACGAGGACAGCCACCACAGCCGCGGCAGACGCUUCGUCUUCUCCUGCCGCUACGACGACCAGGACCGCCAGGCCCGACGCUUCCAGACCCCCCACCACUCCAGCUACGGCAGCUGCUACACCUUCAACGGUGUCUGGGCCGCGCAGCACCCCGGUCUCACCCACGCUGAGUGCCAGCCCGGGCCGGGCAUCAGCCUGGUCCUCGGGCCAGAGCAGCAUGAUCAUCUCCCUCUGCUGUCCACGGAGGCCGGCAUCGAAGUCACGAUCCACACGCGUGACCACACGCCCUUCCUGGAGCACCGGGGCUUCAGCAUCCGGCCAGGGACGGAGACCACCGUCGGCAUCCGAGAGGGGCUCCAGGGCAGGGCGGCAGAGCUGAGGCGCACCCCCUCCCCCCAGGACGAGGUGCACCGGCUCUGGAGCCCCUGUGGGCACCGCACAGACAGCACGGGGGGCGACGUGCAGCUACUGUACAACACCUCCUGCACCAGGUGGGCCUGCCUGGUCUCCUGCUUCCAGCCGCUGAUGGUGGAGACCCGCUCCUGCGGCUGCUUCUUCUACCCCCUGCCUGCGGGGGCCCAGUACUGCAUCUCCGUGCGGCGCCCGGCCUGGGGUCACUGCUUCCGCUGCCUCUGCAAGGACCUGGAGACCCACCGGCUUCCCUGCACCUCCCGCUGCCCCCGGCCUUGCAGGGGAGGAGUCUCGUGCAAGCUCUCCGCUGGGACCUCCAGCUGGCCUUCCUCCAAGUCAGCCGGCCCCACCAGCAGGUCCAGGGCCCUGCCCCUCUCGCCUGUGCCCCGCCACAGGAGCAACCUGGCCAAGGUGAACAUCUUCUACCAGGAGCUCAGCUACCGCGCGGUGGACGAGACACCAGUCCACUCCGUGCCGCAGCUGCUUUCAGCCACGGGCAGCCUCUGGAGCCUGUGGUUUGGCUCUUGCGUCCUCUCAGUCGUGGAGGUGCUGGAGCUGCUGCUGGGCGCCGCGGCCCUCGCCCUGCUGCUGUGUUGCCACCAGCUCCGCGGGGCUCGGGGCCAGCCCAGGGCAGCCACGGGGGUGCCCGCUCCAAGUCAGAGGCCGGCUGGUGGCCGGGUAGCUGCAGGCAUGACGUCGAACGCCCAGGGGCCCAGCUCCGCCUCCCACGAUGUUGCAGGGGCUCCGGCAGGGGUCUUGGCUGGAGGUCAGCCUGGUGUGGGCCCCGGAAACUCCUGACACCUGAACCAGCCUGCGACUGGCCUGACCCUGGGAGCUGUGGCAGCAGUGGGCUCUCCCGGCUGCCCAGGGCCGGCCAGUCCCGCCCCACAGGGCCCCCCCCGGCCAGCCGAGCCAAACCCGGGGCCCAAGAAGCAGCGGCACCGGAGCCCGAGGGCGGGCAGGCGCCAGGCGCUAGCACACGGGGCCUUCCUUAGCGCAGCUGCCUGCCCGGCGGUGACCUCACAGGGCUCAGGGAGGCCCGGGGUAGGGAGCAGGGGGGUGUCCCCACCGCUCGGGAUCCUCGCGUUCAGGGCGUGGCGGAGCACCUGCCCGUGUGCAGGAGCGUGCGCGCACGCGUGAGGUGGGGGGCGCCCCAAGGGAGUGUGUCUGUCUACACCUCCGUGUAGGCGUGUGCAGGCAUCGGGCAGAGCCUCCCUCGCUCAGGGCCAGUGGGAGGAAGGGCAGGGCCAGGCCCGGGCG